AAAGAUAUGCUCGGCGACGAUCCGGUCGCUCUUACCCAACUUCCUUUCUAUGAAGCAGCGAUGCCUUUCGCUUCUCCAAUCGUGCGGUUCCAUGGACGAGCUCCGCCAAAUCCACGCCCGCCUCCAUUCCUCCGGCUUCGCCGGCGACAAGUUCCUCAACAGCGAGAUGCUUCGCUUCUGCGCCCUCUCUCCGCGCGGGGACCUGUCCUAUGCCAGCACGCUUCUCCUCUCUGCCGCUGACACCAUGCUCUCCUCCUGGAACCAUGUCAUCCGCGGGUACAGCCAGAGCGACUUCCCGAGGGAAGCCACACUUGUAUUUCUCCACAUGCGACGCCGUGGGCUGAGACCCAACGAGUUCACCUUCCCCUUCGUGCUCAAAGCCUGCGCCAAGAUCAUGUGUCUCCUUCUUGGAAGACAAGUCCACGCAGAUACGCUAAAGAAUGGCGUGCAUCCCGUCGUUUACGUGCAGAACGCUCUGAUGAACCUGUAUGGCUCCUGCAGGCGGAUGGAUGAGGUGCGGAGGCUGUUUGAUGGAAUGUCUCUUAGAACGGUGGUCUCAUGGAAUACCGUCCUGUCUGUCUGCGCUGACAACGCGCUGCCGGAGGAAUCGAUCGACAUCUUUGGUCAGAUGAGGAGUUGUGGAUUUGAGCCGGAUCAGACCACGUAUGCAAUCUUGCUCUCUGCAGCAGCUGAGCUUGGGUGCCUGAGCUUUGGAAGAUGGCUUCAUGGACAACUCAUCGGAAGCAAAUUGGUGCUCAAUGUUCAGCUCGGAACCGCCCUAGUAAACAUGUAUGCAAAAUGUGGAGCUGUAAGAUAUGCCAGCCGUGUCUUUGAGAGAAUGGCGCUGAAGAAUGUAUGGACUUGGAGCGCUAUGAUUCUGGGACUCGCGCAGCAUGGUUACGCUAGCGAAGCUAUCGAGCUCUUCGAUCAGAUGGGGAAUGCUUCGGUCAAACCAAAUUAUGUGACAUAUCUCGCUGUGCUCUGUGCUUGCAGCCAUGCCGGCCUGGUCAACGAAGGCUACAGAUUCUUCCAUGAGAUGGUGGAAGAACAUCGGAUUGAUCCAACGAUGGCACACUAUAGUGCCAUGGUUGAUGUGCUCGGCCGCAAGGGAUGUCUGCAUGAAGCUUACCACUUCAUACGAAGUAUGCCAUUAGAACCCGAUGCAGUUGUCUGGAGGACGUUACUUAGCGCUUGUCAGUUGCAUGUUGCUAAAGAUGUGACAGGUAUCGGGAAGGAUGUGAAGAGGAUAUUACUAGAGUUGGAGCCCAAACGAAGUGGAAAUUAUGUAAUGGCUUCCAACUUGUACACGGAAGAGGGAUCAUGGGAGGAAGCAGCUAAGGUGAGAAGGGUGAUGAGAGAAGAAGGUUUGAAGAAGGUGCCCGGGGCGAGCUGCAUCGAAGUGGGUGGACGGAUCUGUAGGUUCAUUUCAGGGGAUGAAUCUUGCAUCAAUUUCGAGGAUAUCUGCCAGAUAUUAGAUGGACUGAAGUUGAACAUGAAAAUGCCCUACUCUUAUCUCUAUGGAUUCUAUUGAAGCUCCCAUGUAUGCUCGACGACAACAACUGGUUUGUAACAAAAGUUUAGUGAGCGUUCUGCUAUAUUGUUCAGCAAAAUGACAUCAACAUAUCAUUGUAGAUGAGUGAUCAUGGGGCAUCGUCACAGAUACAGACAGAUCCUGUGCAAGACAUACAAUCGUUAAGGAUUAGCAAAGCUAUAGCUUUCUUUGCUUUACAUUUUA